GGGCAGGACUGGGGGGGGGGGGACAGGAACACAACACCAGACCCACAGCGGCGUGAGCAGCGCGCACCGCGGAACUCUCUGCAACCCCGAACCAGCGGGGGACCCAGUGCGCACUGAGCCCCGGAGCGGGAUGCACGUCGGCUGUCAUGCGUCCUGCCUUUCAUUAAAAUAGUCACCGCGCACGAGGAUCACUCGUGCAACCGUUUCCGAGGCAGCAGACGAGGUUGUUUUUUUUGCAUGCGGAUAAAAGUCUCGCCAGCAGCAGCAGCAGCAGCAGCAGCAGCAGCAGGUCUCGAGUCGCCGGUUCGUGCACGCAGAGCCGCCCGCGCGCCCUCUCCGCCAUGGAUCUGAGGAGCGCGUGUCGGAUGUGCCUCUUCCCGCUCCAGAUGUUCUACUACGUGCUGCGAGCCGGCUUGUUUUCGCUGCUGCCCAGCAGAAGGAAGGACCUGGCCGGGGAGGUGGUACUGAUCACCGGCGGGGGACGAGGCAUCGGACGUCACCUGGCCAAAGAGUUCGCCAAGCAGGGGGCCAGAAAGGUCAUCCUGUGGGGCCGGACAGAAAAGUGCCUGAAAGAAACAGCAGAAGAGAUCUCUCUCUCCGGAACAGAGUGCCAUUACCUUGUGUGCGAUGUGGCCAAUCGGGAGGAAGUAUACAAGCAAGCAAAGGUUGUUCGAGAAAAGGUGGGCGACGUCUCCAUAUUGGUGAACAACGCCGCUGUCGUCCACGGAAAGACUCUAAUGGAGAGCGACGACGACGCCCUUCUGAAGUCCCAACACAUCAACACCCUGGGGCAGUUCUGGACCAUUAAAGCCUUCCUGCCCCGGAUGCUGGAGCUGCAGCACGGCCACGUGGUGUGCAUAAACUCCAUCCUGUCCCAGUCGCCCAUCCCGGGGGCCAUAGACUACUGCACCUCCAAAGCCUCGUCGCUGGCCUUCAUGGAGAGUCUGACGCUGGGGAUGCUGGACUGUCCCGGCGUCGGCUGCACCACCGUGCUGCCCUUCCACACCAACACGGAGAUGUUCCAGGGCUUGAGAGUCAGGUUCCCACAGCUAUUUCCACCCCUCAAACCGGAGGUAGUUGCUCAGAGGACCGUUGAUGCAGUCAGAGCCGACAAGGCCUUCAUCUACCUGCCCUGGACCAUGCAUGCCCUUGUCAUUUUAAAAAGCUUCAUGCCACAAGUUGCACUUGAAGAAAUCCACAGGUUUUCUGGGAGUUACACCUGCAUGAACACAUUCAAAGGGAGGACAUGAACCUGGAUUGCACACAAUGGGAGAGAGACCUAAACCGCUCUGGUGUUAUGAAGGGAAUAUGGACCUUGAGACGUCUGGAAGCGGAAGAGGCCCCCCGCCAUAGUGGGAAGACAAAUACUUAGGGAAGACAUGCAAGGCGGUUGCUCCUGCAGGUAGAAUUAAAUCGAUAAACUGCAGGAUACGCCCUGGUCGCAUUUUUUUGUGUGUUUGCGCGUGUGUGUGUGUGCAUAUGUGUACAGUAUGUUGGACUGAAUGCCAUUCUUACUUUGAACAGAAGCCAUGAAUAGGUCCUCACCAGUAGUUAUUCUGGAAGUUUUUCCGCGACACCUCUUUUAGCCGUUUUUUUACACUUUCUCUCAUUUUAAUGUCUUUGAAUCCAAACCAGAUAAUAAAAAAACAGAGUUUUAGAAGACA